AUAAAUUAAAUUGGCAAGUGAGAAGGUGUUUGAUAUAUUCGAGUGAAUCGCGAAUUCAGUGAGCGCUCGAGACGCGUAUGAUGUGAACGUGUUUCUUUCCUCUGUGCUUUGUUUAUUGUAAAUUUGGUUUCGAACGAUGAUGACUGAGACGGAGAGCAGCGUCGAUGUGCCGGAAGAGAACGUGAACUAUGCAGCUUUCAGAGAUCUUUGCAGCAACAAUGCAGAGUACUUUUGUAAAGACACCACCGAGAACGGGCAGAGGUUGUAUCUGUCUUUCAUGUCCAUGAAAGACGACAUCGAUUUGGUGCUUCCACUAAGAGAUAGCAUCGAAUCGGUGGUGCAUCAGUACGACUACGAUGAAGCCACCCCGGGGAACGGCUACAGGAGUUUCCUGAAAAUCCUCGACUCGGCUAUUGUCCACGGUAUACAAGUCAACAAGAAAGUUUGCCUGAAAAGGGACAGUGUACUCUUUAGAAAGUCUUCUAUAACAAAAGAAGUGGAAGCCUGUGCUCAAUUGAUGUCCAGCGUCCACACCUGUCUGAAGCAUCUGCAGGUGCUCAGGAAGCAUAGUGCGAAGAAUGAAUUGUUCGCAAUGGAACACUCGACGCCGCAAGAUCUCAUCCGUUUGACCGACGAUAUUAAUCAAUAUUGUUUUUACGGACGACCGCUCGGUUUUCAGUUUACAGAAUCGAUACGUGGACCUCUGAGGUUUAUAUCCUUGUCCAUGGCGAUAUUUUCGGAAGCAUACUAUAGCGAUGGUUCGAUGCUCUCAAAGGCGACCAACUCCGUCAUGACCACCACCAAGUACGUGUCCGAUCCGGAGCAAAGGGCGAAAAGGGUGGUGAACAUUGGUAACAACGCCGACGUCGAUUUCUGCAAAGCUUUUUGGUUUCUGUCCGAGAGUGAGCUUAUGCAAUAUCUACCAUCCAUCGUCGCCCCGAGCGCUGCCAUCUGUAAGACGAUCAAUAUCCCGACGGAACCGAUCACGUUGAACGUGAACGGCAAAGAGAUUGAUAUUCCGAUACCUAUGUCGCACAUCGGUAGCAAAUCGGUGCACGUGAGAUUGAUCAGUUACGAGGCUCGCGAAGGUAUGGUCGGCGAAGGGAAAAACACGAAGAUGGAGCCGCCGAGCAGAGGUCUUCUGAUCCAUUGCCACGGCGGAGGUUUCGUGUCGCAGUCCUCGAAAUCGCACGAAGUGUACUUGAGGCAAUGGGCCAAAGAGCUUAGGAUUCCGAUUCUGAGCAUUGACUACAGUCUGGCACCGUCAGCGCCGUAUCCGAGAGCCCUCGAGGAAAUUAUGUACGCGUACGCUUGGGCUUUAAAGAAUUGUCAAUUGUUGGGAAGUACUGGUGAGAGGAUCAUCGGUGCUGGAGACUCUGCCGGAGCCAAUUUGUUAACAGCAAUGUCUCUCAAGUGUAUAGAAAUCGGAGUUCCGACUCCCCAUGGUCUGUUCUUGGCUUACAUGCCAACAUACAUAGGAUUUAUACCAUCACCCGCGCGGUUGUUAUGUAAAUUGGAUCCUCUACUGCCUUUCGGUUUUUUAACACGCUGCCUCAAAGCUUAUGUAUUUGGAUCCAGGUUAAAUGAAAAGCAAAACGGCAGUGCGAAUGGCGCCAUCUCGCCGGAUACCACGGAGAGCUUCGAGGAGAUCUCCGAGUCCGAUCUGCUGGAGCUGCAGGCGCACAAGUCGCCCACCUCGGAGAUGUCGGACACAUUGACUUACGGUUCUCUCACCUCUCAAACGGACGACACGCGCGACCUCAGCACCAUCAAGGAGCCCGACUUCACUGGUUCCGAUACCAGCCAGAAGUUCGAUCUUCUAGAUAAAUUCGUAUUGGACUCGGAUACAGACACGGAUGGCACGAAGAUAGCCGUCCUCAAGCAGGAAUCCGUACCAGCAACCGCAGCACCUGCCGCCUCCUCUCAGUUCGAGUUCUCGCUUCAAGGGAAGGUCACGAGUUUCGUCUCGAAGUUGCGGGGUCGCAUGUCAAACCUCGUUCAGAUGAAAUCCUCCAGCAGCGCUUCCAUGUACUUAGACGUUCCUCAGAAUCCCAUCGAACCCGAAGUCUACGCCAUGAAACCGACCGAUCCCUACAUUAGUCCUUAUUGCGCUUCAGAUGAGCUCCUGAAGCAGUUGCCUCCUAUGAAAAUAUUCACUGUACAUUUAGACCCAUGCUUGGACGAUUGCGUAAGUUUCGCGAAGCGAGUGAAAAAUUUGGGUAACGACGUUAAUUUGACCAUUCUGGAUGGACUUCCGCACGGAUUUCUGAACUUUUCAUUGGUUUGCAAAGAAGCGUACGACGCGGCCAAACAAUGCGCCCACCAAAUCUCCGACCUCUUCGACUUGGAUAGUCUAUCACCUCAGACAUAAACGUUCCCACUGAAUGCAGCAAAGUUUGCUCAUUUUCUCGUAUUUACCUACCUUUAAUGCGGCUUUUGUUGGAAACCGCGAUCACUUACUUGUGUACAAAAAGGGCGUUCGUUUCUUAUUUCAAUUAAAUAAUAUCGAUCGUGAAAGUAAAGAAAAAGAGAGAUUGAUGAAUGGAUGUA